AUUGCACAGAUAUAGUGUAAGCCCACAGCAGAGGGCAGCGAAAACUGGAGAGAGAAAGCAAUUGUUGGACGCAAACCCUCAAAUCUUCCGGAAAGAUUAGAUUAGAGGAGCGAGGUGAGUAGGGCAUACUGCAUACACACUUUCUCUCUCCUUCCUUCUCUCUCCUCUAUAUAAAUUUUCUUCUUCAAAUCGGGUCUAUAUACAAAAGUGCAGAUAAACCUAACCUAUAAUCGAUUCGUUACGGUAUUCAGCGGCACGACAGAGAGUAUGUCAAUCAUCUCACCGAAUGGGAGAUUCACACGCUUCAUUACAGGAUGGGACAAGGGUGGUCUCCUAGGAUGUGGAUCUUUUGGAUCCGUCUAUGAAGGAAUUUCACAUGAUGGUUUCUUUUUUGCCGUGAAGGAAGUGUCAUUACUUGAUCAAGGUGAUGGGGGAAGGGAAAGUCUAUACCAACUUGAGCAGGAGAUUGAAGUUCUUAGACAGUUCGAACACGAGAACAUAGUCCAAUAUUAUGGAACUGACAAGAAUGAUUCGAAAUUGUACAUCUUUCUUGAGCUGGUUACACAAGGAUCUCUGUUGAAUCUUUACCAGAAAUGUCACCUUCGAGAUUCGCAAGUAUCUGCCUACACAAGACAGAUUUUACAUGGUUUGAAGUAUUUGCAUGACCGGAAUAUGGUUCACAGAGAUAUUAAAUGCGCUAAUAUAUUGGUGCAUGCUAAUGGAUCAGUCAAGCUUGCUGAUUUUGGCCUUGCAAAGGCUACUAAGUUGAAUGUUGUCAAGUCUUUCAAGGGUACUGCACUCUGGAUGGCUCCUGAGGUUGUGAACAGGGAGAACCCAGGUUAUGGACUUGCAGCUGAUAAAUGGGGCCUUGGCUGCACUGUCCUAGAGAUGCUUACUCGCCAGUUUCCUUACUCCCACUUAGAUAAUCCAAUGCAGGUACUGUUUCAUAUUGGGAAGGGGGUACCUCCAGCUGUGCCUAAUACCCUUUCAGAAGAUGCACGCAAUUUCAUUAAUCACUGUCUGCAAGUGGAUCCAAGUGCCCGUCCAACUGCUACUCAGCUCUUGGAGCAUCCGUUUGUGAAACAAACGCUUCCCUCUUCCUCGGGGUCAGCUUCACCUCUCAAUCUAGGCAGGAGGCUUUGAAAUCUUGUUGUACGUUCCAAUGGUUACUUUGUCAUCUAUUUUUACUUAUGAUAGUCACUUGAUCAGCUGUAGUGUUAGAAUUUCAAAAUGCUACCUGUGCACCUUGAUUCCUGCCAUUGUUUCAGUUGAGAUAGCAAAAAAUUCUGCCAUCUAAUUAUUGAUAUCUGUUUUAGUUAUAAAUUCACACAAUCAGUUGAAGAGAAUUUA